UGCUGCUCACUAUCGCGCGCAAGUGGUCCUGCCCUAACGGUUGGUUUUGUGCUGAUUUACCCUGUUGCACAGAGAUGACAUACUCACGUCCUGUCCUACCAGGCUGCGCGGUGCUGUACGCACUCGUGGCGCUCGGUCUUCCGCUGGGAAAGUACGCUGCCGGAAGCUAUCUGCGCGACGUCGAACUGAUCGGACCAUCGUCGCUACAGCUCGAGCACAACACCGUCUACUACUAUCCCAGCUACGUCAAGGGUAAAGAUCCGGUGGAAGAAUACAACGCGCGUCGACUGCACGUGGACACGGGUAACUUUAUGGAGCAGGAGGACGAUCAGCUCGAGGAGGGUGAGAAGACGCUACACAGAAGCCAACAGCAGCAGAGAGCACCCGUCGCUGAUGCGGCUUGUUGUUCGAAAGCGAAACGAAAGCGGAAGUAUACCCGUGGACGUGCGCAUCAAUCCAAACAGCGCGCACCCGAUCCGAUGCGCGUGGUCGAUGCGCAGACGGAUCAUGAGUAUAAUUAUUUGAAGAUUCGCAAAGCAGCCGCCGGGGUGCCACGGUACGUGCGGGACGAUGUGGAGCUGUUCGAUAUUGUCCGGCCGGAAAAGCGGACCAAGGAAAAGCGUCCAAUUAGGCGCAGGACGCGAACGGUCGUCGGUGAUGGUGGCAGUGGUGAGCGUCGGUACGAAGAAUCCGAUCCACAAGUGUUUGCUUACGAACGGUCGGACGUGGAACCGAUCGAGAGGGGAGUUUCUAACCAGCCCGGGAAACAGGAGGAUAGUCAAUAUUUUCAGGAUACAUUCCAAUUUCAAAAGUCCCCACUGGAGCUAGAGUUUGGCCACUUGUUCGAAUCGAACGACGGCUGGGAAGAGCGUUACGAGCGACAAGAUCAUCAGAAUCAUAGGCAUCAGGGAAAAGUUAAAUGGGCCGACAAGAGCGGUGGCUUCGGCGAACACUACUGGGACCUGAACCACAUCCAGCCGAGCGGCGUUUCCCACCGAUAGACGGGCGCGUGCAGAACACCCCGUACAGAUUAAGGCCACGGCGCGGAGGGGGAGGUCAAUAAAAAUGCAACCUCCCCAGCGGACAAAUGUCAAGAGCAUGUCUUGAGCACGCGAAUCCAACUUCGAUCCGAGCACCUCCCCGAGGUGCCCUUUUUUCUCCCAUUGCUGGAAAGAAUAGCGCGCCGUAGAUCACCGGCGUGAUGUGGCUCUGGCGUGAAUGAUUUAUUUGGCAAAUAAAUAUUUAAAAGAGCAUGAUUGAGGUGACGUUAGUGAGCGAACCAAACGAUGCCUUUCGGGGAAUGAUCUACCGGUUCGUUGGGGUAGUACAAACGAUGCUGGAGUGUAUUUGUUACCUGAGCGUUAUGUUGCCUAGGUAACAUUAGGCGAAUUAAUUUGCAACCAAUACUACCAAUAAUAGUUUAAGCAAUACGGGCUUAGCUGUUCCUUCUGCGUAGAAUUUUAUGGCAUUUCACUAAACAGAUACAACGAUGCAGAAUAAGCUGCAUAAAAACAUAUUUUUAAAACAUUCAACUAUCAAACCUUCACUGUUUAGCAUUAAACACUUUUUAUUAUGUUAAAAAUUGCCCUUUUUCUGUAUAUUGAAUGGCUUUAUAUUCAUUUAAUCGGGAAAAGAUGACGAUUUACGCAAUAUAACAGUUAAUACUCUGCAGCUUCGAUACUCGAUAUUUCAGCUUGCUCCACCAAAACCUUUUGAAUUUGUAAUGAAUUCAAAUUCAAAUAUCAUUAUUUUUUUCAACAUUUUAAACAUUUAAACAUUUUAAAAUUGAACCUUUAAAUCGUGUUAGCCACCAAAUUACACCAUUACAGUAGUAUAACAGAAGUAAAAGUAGUAGUAGCACACACGAAAUUUGUCCACUAUCUAAGCAUAAAAUAAGAAAUAAAUAUUAACACAUUUUAAAUAACGCCUCUUAGUACAACAAACUAAAAGAUGUAAAGA